UUGCCAGAUACCCAUGCGAAAUUCCACGUCCUGUUCCUUUUCUUUGUGGCAGCCAUGUUCUUCAUCAGCAUUUUGUCACUCUUCAGCUACCACUGCUGGCUGGUUGGCAAAAACAGAUCUACCAUAGAAACAUUCCGUGCACCCACAUUUCGAAAUGGCCCUGAUAAAAAUGGCUUUUCUCUUGGAUGCAGCAAAAAUCUGAGGGAGGUUUUCGGAGAUGAAAAGAAGUAUUGGCUACUCCCUAUCUUUACCAGUUUGGGCGAUGGGUGCAAUUUUCCAACUCGUUUGGUUAUUAUGGAUCCAGAGCAACUUGCUGUCUCAGGGCAAAAUGAACCUGCCAAAAGCUCUGGAGCCACUCAGUCUUUUCCUACUCGACCGCUCAGUGAAUCACAAAAUCGAUUGCUAGCCAGUGACAACCAGUGGGUGGAAAGUGGCCCUGAAGAGGAAAAUGUUAAAUCAGGUUUCUGCAACACAUUUUGUGCUUGAAUAUUGCUUAAUUUUGUUUGGAAGAAGUUGAUCAGUAAAAAAUGGAACACAGAACAUUUUAGGAAGAGACAUGAAAUUCAAGUUUCUGCACAGUACAACGGAUUCUUGUAAGCACUAUUGCAGAGCAGGGAGGUUAAGACAGAUGCCUUAAGAUUCUUAAUGUGCAUUUAUGCAACACUGAAUUUAAAUACUGCUACCAAAGGGCCAAAUCCUGAAGUGCCCUGCUUGGAUGCACAAGGUCCAGAGUGGGA